AUGAUCUGCUUUUCAGAUAAUACCUUCCAGUCCAUUUUCUGUUGCUGCUGUUGCUGCUCAGUACAGAAGCGACAAGUGAGAACACAAAUAAGCCUGAGCAGAGAUGAAGAACUUCCAGAAAACUACACUCAGCGUCACAGAUGGUGGCUCAGCGAACCGUCAAGUAAGAAGCAUUCCAACAGGAGCUGUGGGCAACCUUCAAAACGCAAGCCAUUGCCUCCCCUUCCACCCUCUGAGCUUGCUGAAGAGAAGAUCCAGGUCAAGGCGCUGUAUGAUUUCCUGCCCCGAGAACCCUGUAAUUUAGCACUGAAGAGAGCAGAAGAAUACCUGAUUUUGGAGAAGUAUGAUCCUCACUGGUGGAAGGCGAGAGACCGUUUAGGGAACGAGGGCUUAAUCCCAAGCAACUAUGUGACUGAAAACAGACUCACCAAUUUGGAAUUAUAUGAGUGGUACCAUAGGAACAUUACCAGAAAUCAGGCAGAACGUCUAUUGAAACAGGAGGCUAAAGAAGGUGCAUUUAUUGUCAGAGAUUCAAGACAUUUGGGGUCUUACACCAUUUCCGUGUUUAUAAGAGCUAGAAGAAGUACAGAGGCUACAAUAAAACAUUAUCAGAUUAAAAGGAAUGAUUCCGGACAGUGGUAUGUGGCUGAAAGACACCUUUUUCCUUCAGUGCCUGAGUUGAUCUGGUAUCACCAGCACAAUGCCGCUGGUCUCCUGACCCGCCUCCGCUGCCCAGUUGGACUGAUGGGUUGUUUACCAGCCACAGCUGGCUUUAGCUAUGAAAAGUGGGAGAUAGAUCCGACUGAACUGGCUUUUAUCAAGGAGAUUGGAAGCGGUCAGUUUGGGGUGGUUCACUUAGGUGAAUGGCGAGCACAUCUCCCGGUAGCUAUCAAGGCCAUCAAUGAAGGCUCUAUGUCGGAAGAGGAUUUCAUUGAAGAAGCCAAAGUGAUGAUGAAACUAUCCCAUUCAAGGCUGGUUCAGCUUUAUGGGGUAUGUAUACAGCAGAAGCCCCUUUAUAUUGUGACAGAGUUUAUGGAGAAUGGCUGCCUGCUUAACUACCUCAGGGACAGAAAAGGAAAGCUUAGGAAGGAGAUGCUCCUGAGUGUGUGCCAGGAUGUGUGUGAAGGAAUGGAAUAUCUGGAGAGGAACUGCUAUAUCCACAGAGAUUUAGCAGCAAGGAAUUGUUUGGUCAGUUCUACAUGUAUAGUAAAGAUUUCGGACUUUGGAAUGACCAGGUAUGUUUUGGAUGAUGAAUAUAUCAGUUCUUCUGGAGCCAAGUUCCCAAUCAAGUGGUCUCCUCCUGAAGUUUUCCAUUUCAACAAAUACAGCAGUAAAUCUGACGUCUGGUCAUUUGGAGUUUUAAUGUGGGAAGUUUUCACAGAAGGAAAAAUGCCUUUUGAAAAUAAGUCAAAUCUCCAAGUCGUGGAAGCCAUUUCUAACGGUUUCCGGCUGUAUCGCCCUCACCUGGCCCCCAUGGCAGUAUAUGAAGUUAUGUACAGCUGCUGGCAUGAGACCCCUAAAGGCCGCCCAGCAUUUACUGAGUUGCUACAAGUGCUCACAGAAAUUGCAGAAACCUGGUGACCUGAAAUGCAAUGCCAACCCAGAGGAUCAUCUUGCGAAAUUGUCACAAGAGCUAAUCAUGAGUGGGAUGCCACUAAAGGGAAUGUCUUCCUGUAGAGCUGCUGAUUCCUGGAAAUAGGGCAGA